CAUGCACACUGAGCGGCAAAUAGUGAGAAGUGAACCAUGUGCUUCGUUCGAAAUAUAUAUUAAUUAUUGAUAUACUAAUUACUAAGUGUCCAUUAAUUACUAAUUACCAAGUGUCUUAAGUUAAAAAUUAUGAUAAUUCCUGUGCACAUAUAUGUAAUUUAAAACAACAUUUUUAAACAUAUCGUGUACAUAUACAAACAUCAAGAUGCAAAUGAAGUUAGUCAAAAACGCUGCAGACAAGAGUGUUAAUCUCGUCGAUCUGGACGAUUUAAUUGUGAAAAGGAAAGGCGGCGGAAGUAUAAUUGAUCAACGUCCAUUAUUUUCCAGUAACGCAGAAACUUUGUAUAUAGUAUGGAAGAAUGUAAUAAGAGCGUACAGCACACAAACAGGAGACUUUGUACGAGAAUUCGAACCCUCGAAUUACAGAAUUGCUGGAAUAAUAUUACAUCCAGAUAACGCCAAUACUAUUAUUGGUUGUACCGAAAGCGGGGAACUGGAUUUCUGGGAUUGUCAAAGUGGCAUUGUUACAAAGAAACUACACUUAAAAGCUGUAGCAAAUUAUGGGGUAAAAAUUAAAACUUUUCACAUUAUAAAGUAUAAAACAUUUCAAGGAAAUGAGAUAUGUCAAGUACUAAUAACUCACCUUUCUAACUGUGGAAAGAAGAUAUAUGUACUCUUAUUUGAUAUAGAAAAUGGAAUAUGCACAAAAUCAAUAUACAUUGUCACAGAGUCAUCAGAGUAUUACAUUGAUGUAAUUGGAAAUCAUGGAGAAAAUUUAAUAGCACUUUUACAAGAUACAGAUUUACACAUAUUAAAUCCAGCUAGAAAUUUAGUCGAUAAACUACACAAGACUGGUAGAACAGGUAGAUUAUCUACUUGUAUAGCGGGACAUCCAGAAGAAGAAUGCGUUGCCACAGGAGAUUCUACUGGCCGUGUAGUAGUGUGGAGAAAUUUAUUCCUAAAUCGACCAUAUACAUCGGUUUUUCAUUGGCAUACAUUGCCAGUAACGGAAAUAGCAUUUAGCAUAUCAGGUGGUCAUAUGUAUACAGGUGGUGGUGAAUGUGUAUUGGUAAAGUGGACACUAGCAAAUCCGCAACACAAGUCAUUUCUUCCACGAUUACCGGCGCCUAUUAAACACCUCACUAUUGCAUCUGAUAACUUGUAUGUAGCUGUAUCAACUUUAGACAAUGGUAUUGUUAUUGUAAAUCCUCAAAGAAAAUUGACAUCAGUGAUACAAAAUUUUACAUGGGGUGUUGCCUCAUCGUCCAAAGACUUGUUUCCCGCGGGACUUAUCGUGGAUCCGAGAACAGGUAGUCUCGUUUUAAAUAGUCGUACUGGACAUGUGCAAUUUUAUAACACUCAUACGAAGAAUCUACUCUACAAUAUUAAUAUAACUGCACAAAACUUUCUGACACAAGAGCGCGACGUAAUUAUUGUAAAUACAGAAGUUACAAAAACAGCUCUGAAUCAUAAUGGCACAUGGAUGGCAACAGUCGAAGAACGGAAUGAUAAAAUUUCGUCUAUUGAAGUUAGAUUAAAAUUUUGGACAUACGAUCUGGAUAAACAGAUCUUUGUGUUAAAUACAUCUAUUGAACUACCUCAUGAGAAUGGAAUAAACGCGUUACAUUUUCAGCCAGACACGACAUUUGACGAUGAAGAAUGGUUAGCAGUUACCACCGGCAAAGAUAACAAAUUCAAAUUAUGGAGCUUAGGAAAAUCUUCGACUGUAGAAAAGAAGACAAAACAUUGGUAUUGUUACGGCGUGGGAGACUAUCGUAAUCUAGCCGCCACAGAUGCGGGUUUUUCUAUGGAUGGUUCACUGUUGGCUAUUGGUUUUCACUCUACUUUAACAAUCUGGAUACCUGAAACUUGCGAACUAAAAUUCAGUCUUACACAUUCUCAAUACAACUAUCCAAUAACACGAGUAGAAUUUGGCAAACACGAAAGCUGUCAUCUGGUAGUGGUUGCGUCUCAGCAACACAUAAUGGUUUGGAAUACUUUAACUCUCGCUAUAACGUGGAGCGUACCCUUGAAUGUCGUGAGUCUCACAUACGAUCCGAAAUCCACGUAUAUGGCAGCAUUUACAUCUGAUAACUCAUUGUUUGUGUUUACACCACAAAGCGCAACGCCUAUUUACAAGAAAACAUGCCUUAUCGAAAAUACCAGUUCCAUAUUAGCGGCUACUUUUGUACCUCAUUUGCAAGAAAAACGCAAUCCUUCAUUCGGCCAAUGGCAACGAAAGUCACAACUAUACUUUUUGAAUUCGAAUCAGGAAUUGCUCACAUUGGAGGCCGAAUCUGAAGCGGGUGUUUCUUUAGAAAUCCUGUCAGAGAAAAGAACAACAUCAUUGACCGCUUUCUCCAACUUACUAGCGGCUCAAACGUCUUCGAGUAAAGAGCAGACAGUUGCACAAGUUCAUGAACAUCUCGGCAUACCGGGAAAAGGAAUGGUAGAAGAACUGCUCAGUGUGUCAGCGCACACUUUGCCGCCGAUGAGAUUGCUGUGCUCAUCGUUUAUCCUGUCGUUGGGAGGGCAACAGUCGUCGAAGAGUCACUUGAAAAGUGCCGAAAGCUUUAGAGACAGCGAUGACGAUGCUCGGGACGAUCCCUCGGAUCUGAGCGAUAAUGAAGCAUCACGGCCGACGAAACCCGUAGUCACGCCGACAAACGAAAACGAGGAUACGGACGAAUUCAGCGUACAGCUUGCCAAUCACGAUUGGUCUUUCUUAUCUACUAUAUUUCCCGACGAAGACAAUAUCGUUCCCUAAAUCGUACAAAAGUUGCCGUACAAACUGCAACGGUUCUUGCACCCGGCGGCGUUGGAUAGUAGAAAUUUACGCAGCCGCAGAUUUUUAACAUUCGCC